AUGAUAAAGUUGACAUUCGUUUUAUCAAUCGGAGUGUUAAUUAUUUCAGUGGUCGAUGUUGUUAAAUUAAAAUCAUCCAAAUUGGACGGUACGGAGGGAGGAAUUAAAAUACUAGAAAAAUGUUCAAAAACGGAAGAAAUCAAUUUGAACGUGGUGGAGGAUAUGUGUUUACCGGAAGAACAACCUCCCCAUCCCCACGACCACCAACAGCGACAGAGACAGGAAGAAACGAGCGAAUUUAAAAUUAAAAAAAAUUUCCAAUCGGAACAUGGGGUCAUGGAGAAAGAAAGGGAAAUUUGUCACGUCGGAAAUAACGUCGAAAAUAUCGAAUCAACGAAUGAAAUUUUCAAUUCCGGUUCCUCAACUUCGACGACGACCAUUUCCGGUCACGAGUUUACGGAAACGAGAAAAUCAGAAGAGAUAAAGAAAAAUUUAAAUUGGAUGAGAUGGACUGAGUAUAGUCCUUACGCCAAAGAUAUUAUUAAAAACAAUAAAUGGGAAUCGAUACAAGACGAAUUGAUAACGGUUGUGAGUUACAACGUUUUGUCACAAUCCCUAUUGGAAAAACACAGGUACCUGUACAAGAGAAACGAUGAAAAAUCACUCAAGUGGGAAGUCAGGAGUAAAUUGCUCAUUGAAGAAAUAAAAGAAUUCGAUGCGGACAUAUUAUGCCUCCAGGAAAUAGAUUCGAGUUUAGUCAAUUCUUUUUACAAUUACAAUUUGAAUCUUUUGGGUUAUCAGGGUAUAUACAAACAGAGGACAAACGAAAAAGUCGACGGUUGUGCCAUUUAUUACAAAAGGGAUAAAUUUAAUCUCGUCAAAUAUAUGACGGUCGAAUUGUUUAAAAGAUCCGUUCAUUUGUUAGAUCGUGAUAACAUUGGAAUAAUUCUCAAAUUAACAAUGAAAUCGAAUCCGAAAUCGGAAUUUGUCGUCGCAACGACUCAUCUUUUGUACAAUCCGAAAAGGGGAGACAUUAAAUUGGCACAAACGCAAUUGAUGCUCGCGGAAAUCGAAAAAAUGGCAUAUGCUAAACAUAACGCACUAGCACGACAACCGGAAUAUUUGCCCAUCAUAUUCACCGGAGACAUGAAUUACUCACCGGAAAAUGGGGUUUACCAAUUAGUCACGAAAAGUUAUUUGGAAUACGAGGGUAUGUCGAGCGAAAAAAUUUUACCCUCUCUAAGAGGUCACAUACUCAACAAAACACUUUUACCCCCGAGAAUUGGAAUCACGGAUUCGUGUCAAUACGUAGAAAAUGCCGGCGAGGUUAGCUUUUCGACGGGAGCUUUGGAUCAUCAUUUAAAUUUGGAAAGCGUUUACGAACACGUGAAAGGAAAUUUACCGGAAGCGACGACGAAUCAAAAUCACUGGGUGACGGUGGAUUACAUAUUUUACAGUCAAUUAUGGAACGAUAAUUUAAAAUUAAAAUCCGAAGGAAAUCUCAAAUUGAUCUCGAGGCUCACGCUUCCAAAUUCGCGAGAAGCCGAAGUUUAUCUCAGGUAUCUCCCGAAUUUGGCAUGCGCGAGCGAUCAUCUUCCGUUACGUGCAACUUUUCAACUCACGUCGGGAAAUCGAUAG